UAAACACACUGCGGUCAAUUUAAUCGAUAGUAUCUCGGAAAUUACUCAUGCUAUCGCAUAAUGGCAUGAAUACUUGGUUCAUUAUCAAGUCAAGACGCGUUGCGAGUGGAUCGUUCUACUAUAAUCUUCCUUAUAACGCGUUUUGCGGUCACCUUUACCGACUGUUAAUUUAAAUAGAUUAUUCAACUUUUUAUUGAUUUUUUAAGUGUUUCGCCGUUAUAUGUCAAUGAAUAUAGUUUAUUAGUGUUCUGAAGGACGGUAUUGUGUUUUUAGAGGAAUGGCUUCACAAAUAAAUGGACAUCAAGUAGUAGAAGAUCUUCCAAUGGGGGUGAAGGUAGAUGAGAUCGAGAUCCCAGUGCCAUGGGGCCACGUGGCGGCUCGGUGGUGGGGGCCUCGAAACAAGCAGCCCAUCAUUGCUAUCCACGGCUGGCAGGACAACGCCGGCACCUGGGACAACCUCGUCCCCCGCCUCCCCGUCAACACCGCCCUCCUCGCCAUCGACCUCCCCGGGCACGGCCUGUCCUCACACUACCCCACCGGCAUGCAAUACUACAUAUUCUGGGAUUCAAUAACCUUAGUGAGGCGCAUCGUCAAACACUUCAAAUGGAGCAAAAUCACUCUCAUGGGACACUCUCUUGGUGGAGCCGUCAGCUUCAUGUACGCUGCAUCGUAUCCCGAUGAAGUCGACAGGAUCAUCUGCGUCGAUAUCGCCAGUCCAGCAGUCAGAGCGCCAAGCAAUAUGGUCAAGCAGACCGGCUGGGCGAUGGACAAGUUCCUAGAGUACGAACACUUGCCAGAGGACAAAAUACCGUGCUAUGAAUACGAGGAAAUGAUCGACAUAGUGUGUGACGCGUAUAAAGGCUCGAUUUCGAGGGAUAACUGCAAGAUUCUGAUGAAGAGAGGCAUGUCCCCAGCGCCUGCACAUGUUAACAAAAAUGGGUACUACUUCAAAAGAGACCCGAGGCUCAAAGUGGCUGGUUUGGCUAUGAUGUCUAUUGAAACUGCCUUAGAGUACGCUAAGCAAGUCAAGUGCAAAGUGUUGAAUCUUCGAGCGAUUCCAGGGAUGAAGUGGGAGAGGCUCGAUUACUAUUUGGAUGUUGUUGAAAAGCUGAAGGAGACGGCUGACGUGAAAUACGUAGAAGUAGAGGGCACGCACCACGUGCAAUUAGAGUCGCCAGAGAAUAUAGCUGAACUUAUAGAGGAAUUCCUAGAAGAAUACUAAGUUAGUAGUAAGUGAACCGAAAGGAGUAUUAGCUCCGGUUUGUGAUAAAGAAUGUGAUGACGUACUGUGUGUACUCAGUAAUAGGUAGUUAAGAUUGAAAACAAUCUAAAUAAUUGAAUUCCAUUUGCGGCAGAAGUCAUGCAACGCUUCAGCGGUUUGAUAGUGUUUUAUAGCUUAAGCUGAUCGUUAUUUAGUGAGGUGUAGAUAAGUCGAUUAAAAAGAAAUUGGCCCCGAUUCCUGGAGACACCGCCUAAUUUUAUUUUAAGUUAUAUCCGUCAUUUUCAUAUACGUCGAAAAGGAAAGGGACGGAUGAUUCACAGCUCUUAAUUUUAGGAAGAAUGAGUAAAUGAAUGUGUCGGGUUAUUGACUGAUGUAAAAUUUUUAGACGGUUGGUUUAGAUUUGUGCUUAAAAUUGACGUGUGUUCCAUAAAUUGUAUGCUUGUCGAUUACCCGUCCCUUUCCUUUUCGGCGGAUAAGAAAAUGACAGAUAUAACUUAAAAUAAAAUUAGAUGGUAUUUACAGGAAUUAGCACCAUUAUUUAUUCACUUACCAAUGACGAUUGAGCAACAGAACACUUGCAGGCAGAUGAAUGAAAGAACAGAUUUAGUUAGAUAAAUAUUGUAGAUGCAAUUGCAGUCAUAAUUGCUUUUAAACAAUGGCAGGGGUAUUAAAACAUGACGUGUACGUUCAAAACAACGAAUGUAGAUACUUAUGUUUAUGUAGAUGCUUAGGCACGCUUUGUACUUUAUUUGACUUCUGGAUGCCUAUUAAUUCGAGGAAGCUAAUGGUUUAGGCACUUGCUAGGCAAACGCGUUCCUAAUUCCUAUCGACAUCAUAUCAGCUUGUGCUCAGCCGAGAUUGUGGUUCGAAGGAAAUAAUGAAAAUUAAUUACAAAAAAAAAACCAGAAUCGAUAUUAUUUAUAUUAUUGCCUAUACCUGUGCAAAAGUGUAGGUACACCGGAGCCAGAUUUCGCCCUUUGUUAAUUGAUUAUAAAAAUUGAGUAUUUGACGUUUUUGUUUUUAAAAAAAGUUUGUUAAUAUAUCCAGUAUGUUUUUUUUUAUUGUAAAUAUAAAAUAUGAUUUGUUAAGGAUAUAAAGUGUUAAUUAAUAAAUAUCAAAAGGUCACCAAAGGUGCAACGAUCACAGUAGUAAAAUAAUUAAUUUAAUAUUUUUGUUAUUAAGAUAAGGCCCUAGGCGUAACUUAAGUGUUAAUGCAUAAUUUAUUUUUUAUUUGCACAGCUAGAACUUUUAUGUUCAAUUUUAUCGUAAAAUGUAUUUUUAUUACAGACUUUAUUUUAUAGAUUCGCCGUAAAAUAUAAAUGUUAUUGUGUGUUACGUACAAAUAUCUGUUAAAUAACCGUACAUUCACAGUUUUUUGACUUUAUAGUGGAUUCCUUAGGGAGUUGCCCGCGUUUUUUGACCUUUGUUUGAAUGUUAAUUAAUUAACGCACGUACCUACAUAUCCAGUCCCCCGGAGGUACGUACCCAACUAGAAACCCUGUCGCAUUUACAUAUUUGACAUUUACUGAGACAUACAGGUGGGUUAAAAAGGCCAUAUUGAAACAAUUACCUAAUCUAUAAAAGCAAUAUUGCUAUUUGACAUUUGUUUGCGUUGCGUACUUUUAUAUGCGCAAAUGUUAACAAUAAAAAAUAUUGCUAUUAAAAUAUUGCAAUCUUACUGCUUUUUUAGAUGAAUUGAUUUGAUGUGGCAUUUUUAGCCCUCAGUUCAAAAUAAGUUAUUGUAACAUGGUAAGUCUGUACUGAAGUAUACAUACGAUGUUCGUGCCCUUACAUAAAGUUAUUAUUAACGCAGUGACUAGCCUGUUAUAGGCGAACGAAACUUUAUUUUGGCAGCUCCAAAUACAGGGUGUUAGUGACAUCGUAACGAAAACUUUGAGGGGUGAUUGAGGCCAUGAUUCUGAGAUGAUAUCAAGUGGAAUUUUCCGUCGCAAAAGUAUGGAAUUGAAAAUAAUUAAAAAAAAACACAAAAAUUUUCAGGAAUAUUCAGACUGAAAAUUCCACUUGAUAUCAACUCAGAAUCAUGGUCUGAACCAUCCCCCUCAUCUUACAAUAAGUGCAGGAAAGAGAUAAGAGCUAGUUUUAGUCCUGUCAAAUGAAGUUAAAAUUAGGUUGGUGGUUGCGCGAAUCUGGCAACGAAUUUUGGGAAACGAAAUUUAAUUUUAUUUUAGUCUGACAGUAACAUAGUGCUGUCCUUCACUUACGACGAAUGUAAGACAGAGAUAAAGCUAGUUUUAGAAUUGUCAAACUAUAUUUAAGUUUGUGUCUGCCAGAUUCGGCACAAUUUUAUAAUUUAAUGGUAUACCUAACUUGAAUUAUUGUUUUAAUGUUUGUGAAAUAUGUUACAUGAGAAUUGUUAUUUAUUUUUAAGAAUUUCGGACAAUCAGAUUGAUUAAUUCGGAAAAUGAAUAAACUGUUUUUUUUUUGGCAACUUGAGCCAAUCAUUGAAUGAAUGAUAAUGAGCUCCAGGUGGUUUCAGCUACAGUGACUUCUUCAACCCUGACAUAGGUAACUAAGCUUAAUAUGUCUAGUUAAAAAAUAAAAACCAGUGUAACGAGCACAAUUUAUUUUUGAAAAUAACUUUAAUGCAAGAAACAGUAAAAAAUGUACCUAACUUGCAACAAUAAAUAAAAACAGAUAUCAUUCAA